AUGGCGUCAAGAAAAAGUAGUUCCAACGAAGGAUUGCCAAGUGCCGGGAAUAAAAAACGACAAUCAGUUGAGAGAUAUUCGAGAGGAGUGGCCACCCCUAGGUCAUACGUCUCAUGGUUAUACCUUCUACUGAUAAAAGUAGAACCGAUAGAACUCAUCGAUGAGUUCUAUUACCUGGGUUGUACGCUGAAGAACAAUGGCAGCUACGAGAGAGAUGUUCAGCAAAGAUGCGCUAAGGCCACUUCUGCAUUUAACUCCUUAACGAAAUGCCUGUGGUCGACCUCCAUCACCAACGAAGUCAAGCUGCGAGUCUACCUAUCCGCAAUUCGCCCCAUCAUGAUGUACGGAUCGGAGACUUGGGCAGCACCAUCAACGGUUAUGGAGAGGCUUGACUGCACGGAACGAAAGCUGCUUAGACGGCUACUUGGCUACUUUUGGCCUAGGGUAUGUCACAAUGAAGAUCUUUACGCAGGAAUUGAUGUGGUAUACCGGCGGAUGACACGUGGAAAACAUCAACAUCUUGCACCGCCAUCGAAAGUGGCUAAAGUAAAUCGUCUUCGCUUCUUUGGUCAUAUAUUAAGGAGACCGGCAGAUCGCCUUGUUCAACGAGUUUUGAGGAGUUCGUCGGGUUCGAGCUGGAAGAAGCCACCUGGCCGAAAACGGAAGUUCUGGACUGAGGCGGUGAAAGAGGACCUGAGGACACUCGGCGUGGAGAGGCAGUUCAGGCGAGACGUAAGGUUUCGCAGAGUAUGGAAUAGCGACGAAUGGAUUGAUUCUGUGCAAGCUCUUGCAGAAGACCGAGAAGGUUGGGCAGAGCUGUGUUCAAGGACGGCACACCUCGGCGAAGAUGCGGGUAAUCGCUUCAGGCGAUGA